CUACCAUUCUUAAUUCCCAUUCCUCUCAUCUCCAUCUCUCGUAAAUGUCUCGUUAUUCGGCUGUAUCCCCGUCCACGGCGGCGCCAUGGAGGAGCAACCACAACUUCCAGACAAUGCGGUGGCAGGAAUCAUUAGCUCGCCUGCUUGCUCCUCUCACAAUCUGGAUCUGCGUUUCCGUGACCAUAAGAUAUGGGUAUUUCGCCGACCAUCGACUGGUGGUCGGACCCAACUCAUCGUGUCUACUCGACGCCAACUCCCUUUUCGUGAGCCAAGUUCAAGUCAAAGACGGAGGGAAGACAGGGGUGUCGGUUUAUGGAUUCUUCCAGAAGCCUGAAUUAACCUUUGAAUCUAAUUGGAAUGUCUCCAAAUAUUUAAUUGUAGCUUCUUAUGCCCGCAAGGGAAUAUCUUUGUGGUUAAACAAAGACUCCACAAUUCAAAUUAGAUGGGAAGUUGAUCAAUCUACCAUUUUGGAUCAUCUUCAUGUUUCUUUGACUAAAGGUGACAGAAACCAGGAGAUUAUGAACCCAACUAUGUCGUCUUCAACAUCAAAGGAAACUGAAGCCGAGUAUCACAUUGAAGAAGAUGACAAGUACUAUGUUGGAAUAAUAAAUGCAAAUCCUAGAAGCAUCAUCAUUGGAUUGAAUAUGAAUGUUACAUCCAAAAUGUACGAUACGUCAAAAGGAAAUAAUAGCGUUUGCUCCACGUUGAAUGGAUCGUGUAGCAUUGAUCUUCUCUUCCCGAGUAACCAGUUCAUCCUCGUGACCACUCCAAAUAAUGGAGAUAUAGUUGAAUGGUACAUUGAUUUGUCUUUCAUUCCUAGAAUACUAUCCUAUGCAGUCAUUCUAGGAUUUAUGGCGUUAAUGGUAUUGUUAAUAGCGAAAUACAUUGGAGCAUAUCAAGAAGAGGAGGAAACAAUACAUACUAAUGGAAAUAAUAUAAAUGCAAGCGAAACAGAUCCUUUGAUACCCGAUCAUCAAAAGUCGUAUAGACUUCCUUACGGGACUAGAGGAAACAAAGAAUUAGAAGAGGAGUCGGGAUCAUCUACAUGUAGUAGUAGCUCUUCAGAAGACUUGUACGAUGGAAAAAUAUGCGUGAUUUGUUAUGACAUGGCUCGCGAUUGUUUUUUCGUUCCGUGUGGUCAUUGCGCUACGUGUUAUGAAUGCGCUAAGAGAAUAACAGAGAGCGAUACUAGGGUUUGCCCGAUUUGUCGAAGGAUGAUUCAUAAAGUAAGGAAGUUGAUUAUUCCUUAGCCUCCAAUAUUUUUAGGGUUUUCUUGUAUC